AUUCAAGAGGGAAACAAAACUUUUUCUUAUUAAUCAUGAUCUGCGCGUGUUGCAUGCGGCACCCACCACCUUAAAUAUCCACCUUUUCUCCUGAACCUAGCAAAACACUUCCAACUUAAAAAAUUCAAACUUAACAUGGCAUUUUACAUUCGCAUUUUCAUGGAGUUAUUAACAUGGGCUUCCAUACUUUUCUGUUCUACAAUUGGUAUUGGCACUGGCAGCUCACUUGUGACAGGGGCAACACCUGAGGCAGAAGCUCUGCGGAAGAGUGGGUGGUGGAAUGCCUCCAUCAACAACGUUACAGAACAUUGUAACUGGCCUGGUAUAACAUGCAAUGGUGCUGGGAGCGUUACUGAGAUCAGUCCACCUGGCUUCAACGUGGGAAAGAAGUUUGGAAAAAUGAACUUUUCUUCCUUCCCCAAUCUUGUUCGCCUUAAUCUUAGCGAUCAAGGACUCGAGGGGAGCAUCCCACCUCGAAUUGGCUACCUUACAAGACUCGAGCACCUUAAUCUGUCCUAUAACUCUCUAUCAGAACUUAGGAAUUUGAAGAAUCUUGUUUCUUUGAACUUGACUGGGAACAACCUUACUGCAUCCAUUGCUCCAAUCAUAGGCCUUCUAACCAAUCUUUCCCACUUGGAGUUGGCCUCAAAUCCUUUUGAUUGUAUUAUCCCUCCAGAAAUAUGGAACUUGAAGAAUCUUGUGGCCUUGGACUUGAGUAAUUGCAGCCUCAUUGGUCCAAUCUCUUCCAAUAUCAGUCAUUUAACCAAUCUGAUUUCUUUGACUCUUGCAAACAAUCAAAUCAAUGGAUCCAUACCUCCAGAAAUGGGGAAUCUAAAGAAUUUGGUUUCUCUGGAUCUGUGUAGCAACUGGCUUGUGGGUCCAAUACCAUCCUCUCUUGGACAAUUAACCAGUCUGACAGUUUUAUACCUCAGUUUCAACUCAUUUAGUGGCUUCAUCCCUCCAGAAGUUGGGGAAUUAACGAAUCUCACUGAUCUUCGCUUGGAUCAAUGCCGACUUGUUGGUCCGCUCCCUCCAACUUUGGGUCAAUUGACAAAUUUGAGAUACUUGUCUCUUUAUUGGAAUCAAAUCAAUGGCUCCAUCCCUUUGAAACUGACCAACCUUAAGAACUUGAUUGUUUUGGAUCUUGGGCGAAACAAUUUAGGGGGUACAAUCCCUUCAUCUCUGAGUCUCUUGUCCAAUUUGAGGAACCUGUACCUUACAACAAAUUCUUUUGAGGGUCUCAUCCCACCAAACAUAGGAAAUCUAAGUAAAUUGGAACUUCUGGAUCUUGGUCAAAUCCCAUCCUCUCUGUCUCGUUUGUCCAAUUUGCAGUAUUUGCAUCUUUAUGAAAACAAUUUAACAGGCCCAAUCCCACUUAAUUUGAAUAAGUUUCCAAAGAGCUCCUUUAAAGGCAACCCAGAUAUAUAUGGUCAUCCUCUUAGCAACCCCACUACUUUGCCUCCUUUCUUCACUCAACAUAGAAAAACAAACAACAAAGUCUUGAGACAUAUUAAAAUUACUCUUCUCAUCACCAUUUCUCUUGUCUUGGUAUCUCUGGCACUGUUGUUCCUUACUCGAAGAAUACAUAGAGCUAAAAGUAAGGAAGUAGUUCCAAGUCUAACAAAAAAUGGGGAUAUAUUCUCACUAUGGAACUUUGAUGGGAGGGUUGCAUAUGAAGACAUUAUUGCAGCAACUGAGGAUUUCGACAUCAAAUAUUGCAUUGGUACUGGUGGCUAUGGUAGUGUUUACCAGGCUCAAUUACCAAAUGGCAAAGUAGUUGCCUUAAAGAAACUUCAUCGUAGGGAAGCAGAGGUACCCACUUUUUACAAAAGUUUCAAGAAUGAGGUUAAGAUGUUAACAGAAAUACGACAUAAGAACAUUGUUAAGCUUCAUGGGUUUUGUUUGCAUAGACAAUGCAUGUUUUUGAUCUACGAAUACAUGGAAAGGGGAAGCUUGUUUUACAUCCUCAGAGAUAAUGUUGAAGCUAUGGAAUUGGAUUGGAUCAAAAGGGUGAAUGUCAUAAAAAACAUAGCUCAUGCUUUGUAUUACCUUCACCAUGAUUGCAUCCCACCCAUCCUUCAUCGGGACAUAUCAAGCAACAAUAUUCUAUUGAACUCAAAGCUGGAGGCUUUUGUUUCUGACUUUGGAAAUGCUAGGCUUUUGGAUCCUGAUUCAUCUAAUUAUACCAUACGUGUUGGCACCUAUGGUUAUAUUGCCCCAGAGCUUGCCUAUACAAUGGCUGUGACAGAGAAAUGUGAUGUUUAUAGUUUUGGGGUUGUGACAUUGGAAGUACUGAUGGGAAGGCAUCCUGGAGAACUGUUGACGUUGGUAUCAAAACCAUCUUCUUUGCAAAAUGUGAUGCUAAGUGAUGUAUUAGACACACGCUUGACACCUCCAAGAAGCAAAACCGUUACCCAAAGUAUUGUUGUUGCUGCUACACUAGCAUUCGCUUGCUUGCACGCAAAACCAAAGUGUAGGCCAACAAUGAAAUAUGUGUCUCAACAAGUUGUUACCUUCCAAAGACAACUUUUGAAGCCUUUUCCAACUAUAACUCUGUUGGAACUUGUAAGUACAGAUUUGGGGAUGGAAAAUGGAAGAGAACCCCGACCAGAAGUCGUAUUGCAACCUGCAAAACUAAAUAUUGAUCUGGGGAUAGAAAAUGAAAAAAAACUUCAUUCAGAAGUUUCGUGUCAUCUAGACAACUUUCACGGUGGUACUUCCUCAAAUUAGAUCUUAUGGAGUUUCCCUGCAUUUUUUUAAAAAAUAAAUCUGUUUAGUCUAUUUCAUGAUUUAGUUUUCUGUACUAUUAUGUUGAAAUAACAUCCUUGAUGUCGA